CACCGGCGGUGAAAGAAGAAGCAAGAACAAUGGCGAAGUCUUCUCUCUUCUCUGAUACCACCACUACUCGGCUCCCAGACGACACCGUUUUCUUCUCAAUAUUUCCUGACUCAUCAUCUCACUCCGGCGCCGUAUCAGAAACCUCAGCCGCUCUUCAAUCACUACACUUACAAAUCAUCGAUUUCGUUUCUCCGUUUACUUCUCCUUACAUAUGGCAACACGAACCUUUCUCUCUCUCCAUCGCUCUCUCUUCCUCCUCUUGUGCUUGUACCGAUACUCCUACUACUCUCCCUCAUCUCCACGGGAAGCUCAAGUACGGUGACAAUCUCGAAGACGAAUGGUUCGCCGUGUUUUUGCUUUUUCGUAUCUCCGCUGCGUUUCCGUCUAAUUCGAUUCGUGUUUGGGACACUGACGGCGAGUUUCUCUUAAUCGAAGCUGCUUUUCACCUCCCUCGUUGGCUUAAUCCGGAGACUAGUCUCAAUCGUGUCUUCAUUCGCGGCGGUGACCUCCACAUCGUUCCCAGAAGCCGUUUACCUGAUCCUUCUUUAGUUUCGUCUCUGAGAUUUCUAAUCGAGCGUGGGAACGAGUCUCGUGCCUCGGAAACAGUUCAAUCCGCGUUGAAGACUCGGGUUUCUGAUUAUCCGGAGAGAGCGUGGAGGAAUAUGCAUCGUGUUAGGGUUAGGGUUCCGGUAUCAGUAGCUCAGGUUCUUAGACACGAACCUUUAUUGAUUUCUCUUGCUGUGGAAGGGUUUUACGAUCGUGAUAUUGAUUCAAUGAAGCACGCAGCGAAGAUGGAGAAGUUUUUGAGUAAAGGAAGAGAGGAGGAAGAAGAGAUUGUGCUUGUUCUUGUUAAGAUGUCUCGUGCGAUGUAUGGGCAGUUAGUGCAGCAGAAGUUUCAAGCACCGAGUUGUUAUCCAAUGCCGAGCGUUAGUGACAGGGAUGCUUACAUUGAAGCUGAGCUAGGGAUGAAGAUAGCUUGUGGUAUGGAGAUGAUGUAUCAGGUGAGAAGGAAAGAUGGAGAAGAUGGGAAAGGGAUUAGUUGGAGUAAGUAUAAGGAGAAUCUUGAGAAGAAUGGUUAUUUUGAAGGAUUGCUUUCUGGUUCUAAGGAUUACAAGAGGUUGAUGGAGAAUGCUGAGGAGUACUAUCAGAAGAGUUCUUCGUUUUCAAGGACAAGAGACAUUAUGAGUGCGCCAGUGAGACGUAUUGAUGAGGUUCUUGCUCUACCUUAUUCGGAGGAUGAUUUCAAGGGUGUAGAAGUUCCUGUUUCUGACAGUGAUUCUUGGCUCUACGAUGGUGAAGAUGAGCUAAACUCUGUUCUUCAAGAGAGGCAGAAAGAGAUGGAGUUUUAUAGCUCAAAGAAGGAAAGCAAAAAGAAAGCAAAGGAGAAGCAAGAAGCUGGAAGCUCAUCUGAUGCGAACAUGAACAAUUUUGAUCUUGGUGAUAUCUCCAAGUCUAUGCAGCAAUUCAUCCAGAAAGUAUCAAGCUACGAAGGAGCAGAAGUGCCAGACAACAGGGAUUUUAAAGAAGUGAAUCUAGAUGUCGACCGUUUCAUGAAGGAUAUUGAGUCAAUGCUAGGGAGUCAAACUCGUGACAACCAAGCUGGUGAUGACAGCGAUAGCUCUGAAGGAUCUUCUAUGGACAUGGAUUUUGAUGACUUUGAAGAUGAUAGCGAAGGAGAAGAGUCUAACGAGGAUGCUAAGGAAAGCUUUGAGGAAUCCUACUAUGGAGUAAUGAAUGAGGAACUAAAGAACUCAACUCUUGAGAAAAGCUUUGAACAUGUGAAUCAACAUUCUUCGAAGCCAAAAGAGGAAUCAUCAAAGACUUUGGAUGAGAAGAAGGAUGAUGAAUUUACACCAAUUGAUGCAGACUUCAACCUUGUUAAGAACCUACUUGAAUCCUACUCGUCGCAACAAGGACUUCCAGGUCCGGCUUCAAAUUUGCUCGGUCUCAUGGGUUUGCAGCUUCCAAAGGAUUCUAACGACAAAAACUAAAUGCUGGCUGAUCACACAAAUGUAGUUUUGGGUUUACUUUGUUGUUUAAUCACAUUACUUUUGCUAAGUUUCUGAGAUUAUACUCGUGUGGAAACGUUGUUGGGGGUUA